AAAACGCCUUUUCCUUCGUACAAAUCCUUCCCUGCAGUGAGUAUGGAGUUGCUGCCGCGGCUUUGUAUCGUAUCCCUAUCUUCCUAAUUGAAAACCCUUCCUUCCAACUUGCAUCUCUCUCUCUAUAAUCUUUCCAACCCCCGAAAAAAGCAAAACUUAAACAUGGCAUUCUCCGUUGGCGACCAAACUCUUCCAUAAAAGCUUCUGUCGUCUUAGUCCGGCCGUCUCCACUGCAGUUUUCUUCUUCUUCGCGUGGAAAACCCCAUAAGAUGAGGCAGAGAAAGAUGAGAUUCAGGCUUCUCUUUGAGUUAAUUUUAUUUUGAAGGAAGUAAAAAAGAUGCUAAAAGAAUGAACAGAGAAAUGGUAGGCUCCUAUUAGUUUAACACAACAUGUCAAGGCAAGCACAUCAUCCUCCUCGUUGCCCCCUUCAGAAGAAAGCUAUAAUUUACCCAAAUUCGGGACCCAUUUCCCCCACAUUGUUCAAUGACAACCAGUUUCAUCCUAAGCACCAUAGAUCGUCAUCUCAGAGCUUGAUUGUGGAUGAGCAACCUGCAUGGCUUGACGAACUGUUGAGUGAAUCUGAUUCAAAUGCUUGUGGUGGAAUGUCACAUAGGCGGUCUGCUAGUGACUCUUUAACCCUCUUGGAUGAAAUCCUUCCACUACCAAGUCUAAUCAUACGUGAUGAGGCAAAUGAAUCUUCUGGAGCUGGUUGUGAUGAAUCUCUUGAAGGGUCAAAACUUGUGUGUAUGGUCCGAAUUCCCCCCGAGGAAAAGGCAAAGAAACAUUUCCAGAUAAUGCCAUAGUCUCAGCCCUAUCAGAAUAUGUUUCUCAAGAUGCUUUGCAGUGUUCAGAUUGGAGUCUUUCUUUGUCUGAAACUGCUCACAGGGAUUUAGCAGGUGAUGCUAGUGGCUCAAAUGGUGAGAACAAUGUCGAGGCAAAGCCAGUGAAGAGGCACCCUGGGCAGAGAUCAAGGGUCCGUAAACUUCAAUACAUUGCUGAACUAGAAAGAGCAAUUGACACUUUACAGACUGUAAGUUCAGACUUAGCUGCAAAGGUUGCAUCUCUGCUUCAGCAACACACUGCUUUGUCUUUUGAAAACAGUGAGCUGAAGCAAAAGAUAAUCAGGCUUCAACAAGAAAAGUUUAUUGUUGAUGCCCGAUAUCAUUCACUGAGAAAAGAGUUGGAGAAGCCAAAACCUCGAGAUAAGCUCAGAUCAUCUACAGGUUCAACGCCAACAUGGCAUGCACUAGACUUUGAAAGGCUCAAGCUCAACUGUAUUAGUACAUCAUGUGAGACAAGAGCUGCUGGAUCAUAUCACUCCUCCAAUCAGACUCCUACAAGAUUGUAAGCGCUCUUUGUUUUGCGUCUAGUGCCUUUGGAUGUGUGGGCAUCAUCAUCCCUAUUGGGUUGACAUUUUUCCAUUUUCAAACUAGGAUGGAUGUCAGGGUAACACCAUAUGAAAGGGAUGUUAACAUUUUAGCAACCAUUUCAUCAACAUCUUUGUUUGUCUGACCAAUAAUCUAAGGAUGAUGCUCCCUAAUUAAUUGAGUCUAUUAACUUCAUGUUACUUAUCCCUUCAUAUAAUGAUAUCCACCUGCGAUGUUACUCAGACUUCCCCUGUAACUGGUUUCAACGGAAAUAAUAUAUGUUCAUGUUAUUUGGUUCUGGCGUGUAUGUAAAACAACAUACGGAGUAUAUACUAGUAAAAUAGUAUUGAAUUAC